AUGGAUAACUUCAAGGCCAUCGGCAACAGCCUGACCUCGCUCGGGUCGCAGUUCACCCCCUUCGCAUCGCGGACCUUCCAGUACACCAAGGAGCAGCUUGGCCAGGCUGAAGACAAGACCCAGCUGCCCCCCGACUACAUCGACCUCGAGAAGCGAGUCGAUGCCCUCAAGCAGGUCCACCAGAAGAUGCUCUCCGUGACGUCUCAAUACUCGCACGAGUCCUACGACUACCCGCCCAACAUCAAGGAGACCUUCGGCGACCUGGGCCGCACCGUCAGCGAGAAGGUCCAGCUCCUGUCCACCGCCUCGACUCCCGCCGAGGCCCAGGCCGCCCUCACGGCGCCCCCUUCCGCCAAGCCCCAGCCCAAGACCUUCAACCAUGCCCUGGCCCGCGCCAGCUUGGCCAGCUCCCAGCUCCUCCACCAGCAGCACACGGGCGCCGGCGAGGACCCCCUGGCCACCGCCCUCGAGAAGUACGCCCUCGCCAGCGAGCGUGUUGGCGAGGCCCGCCUCGCCCAGGACGCCCAGAUCCAGAGCCGCUACCUGGCCGGCUGGAACACGACCCUCAACACCAACCUGAUGUUCGCCUCGCGCGCCCGCAAGAACGUCGAGAAGGCCCGCCUGACCCUCGACUCGGUCAAGUCGCGUGCCAAGGGCAACACCUGGAAGAUUGGCCCGACCUCCCCGCGCGACGAGCAGCCCGCCUCCUCCGAGGAGCUCAGCCCCGAGGCCCAGGAGGAGAUCGAGAAGGCCGAGGACGAGUUCGUCACUCAGACCGAGGAGGCCGUGGGUGUCAUGAAGAACGUCCUGGACACCCCCGAGCCCCUCCGCAACCUCGCCGAGCUCAUCCAGGCCCAGGUCGAGUACCACAAGAAGGCCUACGAGAUCCUCAACGAGCUGGCUCCCGUCAUCGAGGGCCUUCAGGUCGAGCAGGAGGCUGCCUACCGCAAGAGCCGCGAGAGCGCUUCUUAA